GUUCAAUUUUGGUAAACAAAUGAAGACAUUCGAUUCUUUUGAAACUUCAUCUACUACUAAAUUUUCGCUUUUAAAAGUAAAUUAGGUAAUUAAUAUCAAUCAUAUAGAAAAUGGAGCACGAGUCUCCUCUGAAACAAAUCUUAAACAGUCCAUUGAAGUUGUCAGUAGCUUUACCGCAAACAUCUCAUGUAGUGCCAAGCGGACCACAAGAAGCUAUAAAUUCAGUGAAGAUUCAAAAUUGUGUCGCAAGUGUUUCGUUAGGAUGUGAACUGAAUCUGCAAACAAUUAACUUCAGAACAAGAAACUCUGAAUAUAAUCCACAAAGAUUUCAUGGGGUUGUUAUGCGAAUACGAGAACCACGAUGUACCUCAUUGGUGUUCCGUUCAGGAAAAUUAGUAUGUACAGGAGCAAGAAAUGAACAUGAUGCACACCUUGCAGCUAGAAAAUUUGCUCGGAUAAUACAAAAAUUAGGUCAUAAUGUUAAGUUCAUUGAUUUCAAGGUUCAGAAUUUAGUUGCAACAGUUGAUCUCAAAUUUCCUAUUCGCUUGGAAAACCUGAAUCAAAUGCACGGACAGUUUUCCUCAUAUGAACCCGAACUGUUUCCUGGGCUCAUCUACAGAAUGGUCAAACCAAGAAUUGUUCUUCUUAUAUUUGUUAACGGAAAGCUUGUGUUUACUGGUGCAAAAUCAAAAGCAGAAAUAGCCGAAAGUCUUGAAAAUAUUUAUCCAAUACUUCACAGUUUCCGUAAGAACUAAAAAAUGCUGAAAUGAUUAGGUACUUUACUUAAAUACAUUUUGUAAAUUUGAUUGAAAAAUAUGAAUACGUGUUUUAUUAUCAGAAGUUAUUUUUACAGACUCAAUUCUAUGAGUCAUUUAAUGAUUAAAUCAUGCAUCAACCUCCAUCUGCUGGUUAGAGUUACGAUAUUUGUUCUGUAAAAAAUCCUUGUUUUGGAUUAAAACAGAUAUUCAAGUGAUCUUCAAGGAAAAGCAAAAAUGUAAAGAAUUCAUAAUAAAAUUUUAUUCUCUAAUCAACUCAAA